UCCUCCUACCAAGUUGCGACCAGCUGCCAUACUUCUGGACACCUGGCCUCUUUUCAUUUCUCCAUCGGUAUAGUCGACACUCUGAGAUAUAUCCUGGAGCCUGACUCCAGUCGUCAUCGUGAUGACAGCGUGGCCUCUCGCAUCGUGAAUGGGCAAGCAGGCAUCCUCAUCAGGACUGUCUCAUUCCACGACAGCCCAUUACUUACUGCUUUUUUCUUAAUCCUCGAAGAAUAGCAAAAAUCAUCACAAUUUACCAACACAAGGGAAGAAGCAACCGAUAUCUACCUUAUUUAGCGAUUCCGUUCCAAUGGAAGAUACAUUUUCUAUGGCCUCCUCUCCUGGCACCCCGGCCACGGAGGUGCUACCGCUGACCAUCUCACCCUCGGCCACUUCGCUGGAACUUUCUGGACAGAAACCAGUCGAGAAAAAGCCAGAGGAGAAGAAACCAAUCAAGAAGAGAAAGUCAUGGGGUCAGGAGCUACCAACACCUAAAACGAAUUUACCUCCAAGGAAACGAGCCAAGACUGAAGAUGAGAAGGAACAGCGUCGCAUUGAACGGGUCCUUCGAAAUCGUGCAGCAGCUCAGACCUCGCGCGAGCGGAAGAGGCUUGAGAUGGAGAAGUUGGAGAAUGAGAAAGUCGUGAUUGAACAACAGAAUCAGUUCCUCCUGCAACGUUUAAGGCAGAUAGAGGCUGAGAACAACCGUCUUAGCCAGCAAGUCGCUCAGUUGUCUGCAGAGAUCCAUGUAUCUCGCGGAAGUACACCAAAUCUGAAUUCCGAGGUCUCUGAUUCCCCUACUCUUACAACAACACUGUUCAAACAAGAAGGGGAUGAUAUUUGCCUGGAGCAGAUUCCCUUCCCUGCUCCACCUGUUACCGAUCCCUCAUCUACCCUUCAGCCCUCCUCUCUGGCAGAGUCCCCCGACAUGACACAACAUCCUGCAGUGAUGUUGUGUGACCUGCAGUGUCAGUCGCUGGACUUGAAGGAGAAGGAAGUGGCCUCUCGCUCUUUGACGCCGGAUCAAGCAUUCAACCUUACGCUGCAAAUGACAUUGCAGCUCCUCUUUCUGACGAUGACUUCCGCCGCCUAUUCGACAGUGAUUCAUCCCCUAUGCCAGAUUCUUCAUUCCCUGAAGACGGGUUCAUCUUUGAUGUUCUCGACGGAGGAGAUCUAUCAGCAUUUUCCUUUGAUUCUUUGGUUGAUUUCGACCCCGAGUCUGUCGCCCUUGAAAACAGAGAGUCGACCUACUGUCUUCCGGAUGAGGCUUCUCACCAGACUCCUGGCGUGCAGCCCGGCCCUGGCGCGUCCAAUUCGCGAUGCGACGGGCAGAGCCUUGCAGCUAGCUGUCACUGAGCGCUUCUCCCAGAGGACGAGGUCGGCCAUUGUUGAUCAAAGUCAACAGAGCUGGGAGUCGCUGUUAACCAUGACUUGGGCGAUAGAUUGUCUACAAAGGCCAGGGAAUGGACGACAGCGGUUAUAUAGCAUAAAAAGAGCACAUGGAUUGCGGAAUGGCUACAGGAGGCAUGACGGGAGUACAAGGAGUUCACAGGGUUCAGAGGGCGAAACUUUGACGUCUCUACUGAUGGGAAAGCGAUGAGAGGUUUGAUGCAUAUUGUUGGCCUUGCUUAUGGAAAUCUGGGCACUUGUUGGUUAAAUAUCUAAUGCCACUGCUUUUUUUUGUUUGGUAUAGUUAUGGUAAUGUAAGAACCUGUGAAUUACCUGUUAUGGUUAGUUUGCCAUCUUUGGUAUAGCACCCGCAUGUCACAUUGUUAGAGGUCACGUGCAUUAUGCCAUAUUUGUUGGAUCACGUGGGAUUCUGCCGCAUAGGUCCG